AGUGGAAUCAUGAGGUUCAUUCUUACAUUUCUAGGGCUCCUUUUUACACCUCUGGGGCGUGUCCUUGUACAUUCCUUUGACAGUGACAAAGUAUUUCGAGUGAAACUUGAGAAUGAAAAUCAACUAAAUGUCUUGAAGGACCUGGCCUCUACAAUACAGCUUGACUUUUGGCAUCCUCAUUCAGUUCAACAUGUUCUUAUUGGGAAAAACGUGGAUUUCAGAGUGAGUUCAGAUCAGACAAACUUUGUUCAAAAGAUCCUGGAGCAAAAUCAAAUCCAAAACAGAAUUGUAUUCCACAAUCUACAAAAUGAAAUUGAGAAACAGUUGGAUGGAGGGAAACAUUUCCGUAAGAAACACUUCUACACAAGAUAUAAUGAAUGGGAAAAGAUCGCUGCAUGGACUAGACGAAUGGCUAAAAAACAUGCCAAACUGAUCUCCAGGAUUGAGAUUGGAAAGACUUAUGAGGAGCGGCCUAUGUAUGUCCUUAAGGUUGGGAAACAAAGUAACCCAAAGAAAGCUAUAUUUAUGGAUUGUGGUAUUCAUGCACGAGAGUGGAUCUCACCAGCCUUUUGCCAAUGGUUUGUAAAGGAGGCUGUCACGACUUAUGGAAGAGACAAGGACAUGACACUACUCUUAGACAACAUAAAUUUCUAUGUUCUCCCAGUGUUCAACGUUGAUGGUUAUGUCUGGACAUGGACAAAAGAUCGCAUGUGGAGAAAGAACCGUUCCAAUAACACUAACAGUGAUUGCAUCGGCACUGACCUGAAUAGGAAUUUCAAUGCUGCUUGGGGCUGUAAGAUACAGAAUGAAUUGGCUAAGGAAGCUGUGGAUGCUUUACAUAGCCUCUAUCAAACAGAGUAUACAUAUGGAUCAAUUGCUACCACAAUUUAUCUUGCUCCUGGUGGCUCAGAUGAUUGGGCUUAUGAUGAGGGUAUAAAAUAUGCCUUCACCUUUGAACUUCGUGACAAAGGCCGAUAUGGUUUUGCUCUUCCUGAAUCUCAGAUAAAGCCAACUUGUGAAGAAACUAUGAUUGCUGUUAAAUAUAUUGCUCAACAUAUCCUUAAUUAGCAGUACUUAAAAAAAGCUUUCAAGCUGAAUAAAUAAAAUAUAAUGCAGAAUU